AUGUCAGCAUCCACAUUUCUAUUAGCGUUCCGGAGGUUCGUGGCGCGACGGGGAAUGCCCAACAUAGUCUACAGUGACAAUGCAAAGACUUUUCGAAGGAGCAACAAGGAGCUCCGAGAGUUAUGGGACGUAGUCAACAGCAAAACAGUCAAGGGAAAGGUUGCUGACUGGAGAGUAGAAUGGCGAUACAAUGCUCCUCAUGCUCCUUGGUGGGGCGGCUUUUACGAGCGUUUAAUAAGGUCAGUAAAGGUUGCUCUGAAAAAGACGAUCGGAGCAAGGUGUCUCAAAGAAGCUGAGCUCAGCACAACAAUCACUGAGGUCGAAGCCGUGUUGAAUUCGCGACCAAUAACCUAUGUGUACGAAGAUGAAAAGGAGCGGCCAUUAUCUCCAUCAGCAUUUCUGACUGGAAAACGACUGACGACCCUGCCAGGUAUACCCUCUGGCAAUGUGUAUGGAAGCAAUGCCACCACGAUACAAAGGUUGUGGCAGAAACGGGUGGAAUCUCUGGAACUGUUCUGGAAGAGAUGGUACUCGGAGUACCUGACAGAACUGCGCAACCUCUGUAGCAAGCGCAAAGGAGGCAUACUUCAAGUGGAUGACUUGGUCAUCAUCCGCGAAGACGGAAAACCAAGGCAAAGAUGGUCGAUGGGAAGAAUAGUCCGAAGUUUUCCCGGUAAAGACGGCAAAGCAAGAGCUUUCGAGGUUCGCAUCCCAAAUCAAGCAGUAGUAAUACGUCCGGGAGAACUGCUCUACAAGGUGGAAGUGUGA